GGACAAAGCUAGACGCAUGGCACACUCCAGGAAUGGGAUUGCCUGACCGCCAUCGGAAAAACCAUGGCCCAACGAUUCAAGCCGAAUCGUGGUCAGAAGUCUUGCAAUUCUGCAUUGCAAGUCCUCUUCUAUCCUCCAACAAUAUCUAGUAAGUAAUUGUGAGAAAACUUUUCGUGGCCAGUCCUUCUGUCGCUCUUUCAACCUCUCACAUCAAUCAUGCCGUCCAGACUCUCUCCUUCGGGUUUCAAGCCUCUCGCAGAUACUGCUAUCUUCACUCCUGUUCAACUGGGCUCGUUGAAGCUGAAUCAUAGAAUCAUUCAAGCGCCGUUGACUCGGAUGAGAGGUGUGAAGGAGUCUGAGGGAGUAUGGGGACCUGGAGAUAUUGCAGUGGAGUAUUACUCGCAGAGAGCAAACAAGGGCGGUCUGCAACUGACUGAAGCUACCAACAUUAGUCUUCUGGCUUCUGGAUAUCCAGGCAUUCCAGGUGUUUUCACACCAGCUCAAAUUGCAGGAUGGAAGCGGGUCACUGAUGCUGUACACGCAAAGGGAGGCUUCAUCUACUGCCAAAUCUGGCAUGUUGGUAGAGCGAGUUCCUCGAAGCUUCUAGGUGGCAAGCAAACAGUCAGCUCUUCAGACAUUCCAAUCAAGGGUAAUGCGGUCGAUGGGACUGAUUAUGCUGCUGAUCCACCAAGACCGAUGACUGUCGAGGAGAUCCAAGAAAUUGUAAAAGACUUUGGAGCGGCGGCUAAGAAGUGCAUUGAGGCUGGUUUCGAUGGAGUUGAGAUUCACGGCGCAAACGGAUACCUCCUCGAGCAAUUCCUCCACGACAACGUCAACAAACGAACCGAUGCAUACGGCGGAUCGGUUGAGAACAGAUGCAGAUUUCCGUUAGAAGUGAUCAAGUCCGUGACCUCAGCUAUUGGAGCAGACAAAGUUGGCAUUCGGCUUUCCCCAUACAAUUACUUCCAAGAUACCAAAGAUUCAAACCCCAACGUACACUGGGCAUACCUCUGCAAUCAAAUCGCGACUCUCCCUAGCGAGAACCAAAUGGCAUACGUACACAUGGUCGAGCCACGAUUCGACGAAGUUCUGGAUGAGCAAGGAAAGAUGGAUGCAUUGGCAGCCUACUCCAAAGAUCCAACCGAGGGUGUUGAAGCAGAGGUCACCGCCAAAGCUGGAAUCAACUCGCUUGUUCCAUUCCAACGGAUCCUGGCCAAAGGAGGAGUCAAGUUCCUUGCUGCAGGUAACUUUGACAGAGACAACAUGGAGACGAAGAUAGCUUCUGGUGAUGCAGAUGCGAUUGUUAUGGGUCGACUAUUCAUUGCCAACCCAGAUCUGCCAAAGAGAUUGGCUGAAGGAUUGCCGCUGAAUAAGUAUGACCGAACAACAUUCUAUGGCGCUGAUCCACCCACAAAGGGAUACACCGACUAUCCUGCCUAUGAAGCGGAAGUCGCUGCAUAGUUAGAGCAUUUAUUGGCGUUGCACUUAAACAUGAAAUAGAAUUACUUGCAUUCAACUUUCUACAGUCUUCCUUUUGUUUUGCAUUUAGUGUCUGAUUAAACCUUUCAUUGGUACCUUCUCU